UCGGGUAACAACGUUUAUCCGUCCGCAGUGCCGUCGCGUCUUGUGUGAGCGCCGCUUUCUGAGCGCUCUGGGUGAAGCGAGUCAAGUUUAGUGUGGCAUGCGAUCUGUGCUGGAACUAUUUGGAUAACGGCCGUACUUAUCUGCAGGGAAACUGGACUUUAUUUCAUGCGAGUGGCUAUUAACAAGCCCCUUGUCAUUUUUCUGGCUCGAAUAAACCAGUCGUUGCUUAAGGAUGAUGAGCAAGAACGUUACGAGGACGCUUUUGAGCUCCAUGCGUGGGAUUUCUUCAAGCCCUCGCCUGAAUUACCCGCAGAGUUCUGUCAGUGCCUCGAAGAGAGAGAGAGAGGUGAUCAAAAGUAGGGAGCUGGAGAAAGAUGAGCUCCGACCGCUGUACAUGGACUUCCAGGCAACAACGCCGAUGGAUCCCAGAGUUCUGGAUACCAUGCUCCCUUACCAAGUGAACUACUAUGGCAAUCCACACUCUAGGACACAUGCUUAUGGGUGGGAAAGUGAGGCUGCAAUGGAAAAAGCGAGAAAACAAGUAGCAGAUCUUAUUGGGGCUGAUCCACGAGAGAUUGUGUUUACCAGUGGUGCCACAGAGUCCAACAAUAUGUCAAUCAAAGGUGUGGCCCGCUUCUAUAAGGCCAAGAAGAAGCAUGUCAUCACCACACAGAUUGAGCAUAAGUGUGUCCUGGACUCCUGUCGUGUCCUAGAAUCUGAGGGCUUUGAAGUAACAUACUUACCUGUGAAAAGCAAUGGUCUAAUUGACCUCCAGCAACUGGAUGAAACAAUACGUCCAGAUACCAGCUUGGUGUCUGUCAUGACUGUUAACAAUGAGAUUGGAGUCAAACAGCCAAUUAAAGAGAUAGGUCACAUCUGUAGGUCCAAGAAUUUGUUCUUCCACACUGAUGCAGCCCAAGCUAUUGGAAAAAUUCCCAUCAAUGUCUCUGACUUAAAAGUGGAUUUGAUGUCCAUUAGUGGUCACAAAAUAUAUGGCCCCAAAGGUGUUGGAGCUCUGUAUGUAAGGAGGAGGCCGAGGGUUCGCAUCGAGCCGCUGCAGAGCGGAGGGGGACAGGAGAGAGGGCUGCGCUCGGGCACAGUACCCACUCCCUUGGCUGUGGGACUGGGGGCUGCCUGUGAGCUUGCCCAGCAAGAGAUGGAGUAUGACCAUGCCCGAGUGUCUGUGCUUGCUAAUCGCCUUGUGCAGAAGAUAAUGUCUGAGGUUCCAGAUGUUGUGAUGAAUGGAGAUCCAGAACAGAGAUACCCAGGAUGCAUCAAUUUAUCAUUUGCCUAUGUUGAGGGUGAGAGUCUGCUGAUGGCUUUAAAGGACGUUGCUCUAUCUUCUGGGAGUGCAUGUACCUCUGCUUCAUUGGAGCCCUCCUAUGUACUGAGGGCAAUAGGAGCAGAUGAGGACCUGGCCCAUUCUUCAAUCAGGUUUGGAAUUGGGCGCUUUACCACAGAGGAGGAAGUGGACUACACAGCUGAGAAGUGCAUUCAACAGGUUAGACGACUACGAGAGAUGAGUCCUUUGUGGGAGAUGGUGCAAGAGGGUGUUGAUCUGAAGAGUAUCAAGUGGACACAGCAUUGAACCACCAAUCAGGGAGAAAUGCUAGAGGACUACUGGACUGCAAAUACUUUUAUAUAGUGGUGUGCUUUUUUUUUUUUUUUUUUUUGUGGAACCACCUAGGACUUCUCUUUCCUCAAAGAAACACGCACAAUUUUAGUAUUUGAGAAUGUCCAUACAGCAGGUGGUAGUGUUUUGUACUAGUGCAUUGUUUUUGUCUGGUUGUUUUUUUUUAAUGGUUCAGAUUGCUGGGAUUGCAGAGAGAGUUUGUUUCUACUUACUUCAGCUGACUACCAAGAUAUAACUUGUUCUCAGAAUUAAUAAUACAUGCAUUGUGAGUGCAUAUUUGGGCUCUGUGAAGUAGUUUUGUUGAAAUUAUUUUAGGUAAUUAACACUGCUAAAACGCGGCUUGGAAAAUGGAUGGAUGGAACACUGCUAAAACAAUCUUUUUCUGUAUUAAGUCUUUGUCUCCAUUGUCUCUUUGUUUGGAGGCUCACAUUAAACCUUGACCUUGGAUCAGAAUUAGGAUAAGAUACUUCUGUUACAUUCUUUUGUUUAUGUUUUAUAUAUACCAUCUUUAUAUAGUCAGAACAGUACCAAGGACAGAUGCUGUUCUUUUAUGAUAAGAGAGAUGUGUAUUUAAGUGUGAUGAGAACAUGCCUAGUGGUAUCACUGGGAAAGAAAUGUGAAUUAAAAUCUAUAUGAUCUGAAAACAGAAUAUGGAUUGUCAAUAAGUCUUAUCCUCAUUUGACACAUGCCCAUUUGUUACACGUAUUGUGUAAGGAGUUAUCCAUGCAUGCAGUAUGAGUCCUUUUGCACAAAGGCAGUUUACAGUUAAACUAAUUUAAUCAGGUAUGUUGAUGUGUAGACAUCGUCACCAUUCCAGUCACAAAUGUAUCUUACAAAUAAACAACUAUAAAGACA